AUGGCCAGACCCACAGCCCCACUCCUGCCCCGGGGCUUCCAGCCCCUGGCGGGCCAUGACCUGCUCCAGGACCGGGCUGGGGCCCUCGCCAAGGCCACCUCCCCGACGACUUCUGCGAAUCCCCCCGGCACAUCCCCGUGUCCCCCACGGGGCCGGCGACCAGGGGCCGGGUGGCGGCAGGGCAGUGGGGGCGAGCCGGGGCGGUGCGGGGGGCCGGGGGGCCCGCGGCAGAGCGCCAGCGAGCGGGAGAAGCUGCGGAUGCGGCGGCUGGCGCAGGCACUGCUGCGGCUACGGCACUACCUGCCGCCCGCGCUGGCCCCCGCGGGCCAGAGCCUCACCAAGAUCGAGACCCUGCGCCUCGCCAUCCGCUACAUCGCCCACCUCUCAGCCCUGCUGGGGCUCAGCGAGGAGGCGCUGGCCCGGCGGCGAGGGGCGUCCCCCCGGCACUGCCCCCUCUGCCCCCAGGGCCUGGGGUGCUGCCAGAGCCCGGACCCCUGCCUGCACCCACCAGCCCCAGCCCAGCAGGAUGCCUCACCCCCUGGCACUGUUGGCUGGGGGUCACCUCCCAUGGUGGGGACCCCCCUGGAGCUGCAUGGGGUUCCUGGCGUGGGGACGGGGGCCUGGGGGUCGCCCCCCUACAUCCAUGCAACAGGGCAUCCCCCGGAGCUGCACAGGACCCCUGACACCAUCUCAGGGUCCUGGUCAUCACCACCGUGCAGCCUCGGGAUGGUGACCCCACUGGAGCCACCCCAGAGGUGUGCCACAGCCACAGGCACUGGGAUGCCUUCCUCCAGCUUCUUGGAGCCUACAGUCCCCCCACAGCCUCCUGGGGCAGGAGUGACGGACACGGGACACCCUGGGACCCCCACGCAUGGCUCCCAGCUGCGCCAGGUAGGCAAAGCCCCCCCCCCCAGCCCAGCCCCUGCUCUUGCACCCACCAUCCUGAAGGGCAGCGGGGCUGGGGAAGAGCCCAAGGACAGGCGAGAAGGGGACAGGGGGUGGAUGGUCCUAGGCGGCGUGUGGGUAGAGCUGGACCAGCAAAGCCACCUGCACGCCAUGGCUGGGGUGUCCGCAUGGGCUGGGGGGCACAGGGUGCGGGGUGUGGGGCAUGGUACCACUCCACGGCUGCUCACCUGA